CACUAAUCAAACUUGUAUAAAUACUAACCCCAUCUAACUUUGGCCAACAGCAGAGAAGAAAUCUUCCCCACAAGAAAGAUAGAAAGAAAAAAUGGGAAGGUCUCCCUGCUGUGAUGAGAAUGGCCUCAAGAAAGGUCCAUGGACUCCUGAAGAAGAUCAGAAACUCAUUGAUUACAUCCAGAAACAUGGCCAUGGCAGCUGGAGAGCCCUUCCCAAACUUGCAGGUCUAAAUAGAUGUGGCAAAAGUUGUAGGCUAAGAUGGACAAAUUACUUGAGGCCUGACAUUAAGAGAGGAAAAUUCAGCCAAGAGGAAGAACAAUCAAUCCUUCAUCUCCAUUCCAUCCUAGGGAACAAGUGGUCAGCCAUUGCACAACAUCUUCCAGGGCGCACAGAUAAUGAAAUCAAGAACUUUUGGAACACACAUUUGAAGAAGAAGCUAAUCCAAAUGGGGUAUGAUCCAAUGACCCAUAGGCCAAGAACUGACCUAUUCUCAAGCUUACCAAAUCUCAUAGCCUUGGCUAGUUUACUAGAGCAACACCAAUUGGAAGAACAUGCUGCGAGGCUACAAGCAGAAGCCAUUGAAUUGGCUAAAAUUCAAUAUUUGCAAUGCCUUUUCCAAUCAACUACCCAAACCUCAUCAAACUCCCAAUUGAUCAACACCAUGAAUAAUAAUAAUAUUAUUGAUCAUCAUCAUCAUCAUCAAGACUUUGGGACAUCAAAUUCCUCAUUGAAUUCCAUUUCUUUGAGUGUGUCUGACUUUGAAAAUCAAGCCACAUUUCCUUUGGAAAAUGCUUCCACUACUACUACUACUAAUACAACUUCUCAACUGCUCCACCAUCUUAUUACCAGCUCCAACAAUAUCAAUAAUUCGACAGCUUCCAAUAGUAUUCCAAACAUCCCUUUUGAUUUCAACCCGACCCAAUUCCUUAGUGGCCGGGAGGACGAUACGCCUCCGGCCGGGAACAACCUACCUUCGGCAGCCUCUUCUACUUUGCCUCCACUUACUGAUGCAUCUAUAAGCAACAUGGGAGGGGAGGCUAGCAGCACAUCUAGCAAUGGGGAAGGUGCUUCUUCCAAUAUUUGGUCUGAACUACUGUUUGAUGCUUCAUUCAUGAAUGAGAUAUCCUAGCUAAGCUAGCCAAAGAAAUAAAAAAACAAAAAAACAAAACGGAAGAAGGAUUUUGAAUGACUUCUGGUGUUUGAUAUUUGACCAUAUUGAUUAUUAGGGUCUUUAUGAUCAGCUGGUUAAACAUCAUACAUUUUGCAUACAUAUAUGUAAUGGGUUUCUAGCCAGGUACUGUAAAUAGUUUUUGAGUGAUAUACCUUGUGAUAAAGUUUCUGUGGAUUUUAUUUUCAUCCUUUUAGGUCAAGUUUCUCUUUUGUGUAAUUUGUUUUGGUAGUACAUUGUGAACACUUCAUUUUGUGUGCAGUAUCUACUUAAUACGAUGUUAGUUAAUAUAAAUUAAAUUGUAUUUCUUUCCUUCCAAAAA